AAAUUCUCGACAGAUCCCAAUAUACAGUAUACACGCGCCAUCAUACACGCGAAAAAGUGUUGUUCACUUUUUUUACUCCACCAAAACGAUCCCAACAGUAAAGACGUUGGUUCGGACAAAUUGAAAUAUUGCGUUAUAUUCAAAAGUGUGUUAAUUAGUGGCGCCCAGUUUGGUGAUUUCAAAUAAAUUGCAGUUGCGAGAUACGAUGUCGCACAACGGUAUCUACUAUUCGGAGAAAUAUUACGACGAUAAAUACGAAUACAGGCACGUCGUCCUGUCUCAUGAAUUGGCUAAGCGAGUGCCAAAAACUCACCUGAUGUCUGAACAAGAAUGGAGAGGUAUCGGAGUUCAACAGAGUCAGGGAUGGAUACAUUACAUGACUCAUCAGCCUGAGCCGCACAUUCUCCUGUUUAAGAGAAAAAUCACUUCGCCUCCACCGGAAUAAGCAGCAUCGAUGAUUCAUCACUAAAAUCAAAGAAGAUCCGAGCUCGAGAUGUAAAUCAUGGAUUUUUGGAGGAGAGCUGAAGGGGUGACCUCGAAAAAAAUGGGAGAAAACGUUGAAUUGAUUUGAAUAAGAAAAAAAAACAAAAAAAACGUAUUUUCAUAGGAUUAAGUUUCCGGUUCGUAGCAGUUUCAUUUUUCGGUCAGACGUAACUGCUUGAUAGCCUCGCUUUUUUUUGACUUUUGACAAUAACCUAAAAUAGUUCUUUCUUGUCUCACUAUCCACGAGUACAGAAAUCGUAAAAAAAAUUAACCACAACAAAAAAGUACCCAAUUUCAAAAGAUUCGAGCGUUUCAAUUUUCGACAAGGACUGUCGGUAAAAUUUUCAUCCUCCCCCACCCUCCUCUUUUUUCUCGAUUUCAAACGUAAUUAAUCGAUGAAAAUGCAAAAAUAUAGAACAAUGCGUUCUGCAAUUGAUUCUCGUUGACUAUUGAAGAGUUCGAAUCGGUUUUGAUUUUAUUAUUAUUACGAAACAAUACACAAAGAGAUCGUAUCUCUCUCUCUCUCUCUCUCUCUCCCCCUCUCGUGAUUUUCUAAACUCCUAAGGUCAAUGAAGUAUCCUGUACAUAUGUCUAUAAAGUGCCUAGUUGUUAAUAAUUGCUCUUUUAUUUGUCACUGUGGCUCAAAAAACUGGAAAGAUACGUAUGAACGAGAAAAGAAAGAAAAAGGUUAUACUUUCGCGUAUUGAAAUGGACCAGAGAGGCCUUGAAAUGUGGUAUUAUUAUUAAUAUAAUUAUAAUUAUUAGUAAUCUAUAAAAACCAGUGUAUUUUUGUAAACCGCGAAUUUCGUUUAUUCUUAAAUCAUAAAAACUGUCCAAAUCGUUGUUCGUCCACUCAACCGCGGAAUACUUAAAAUUUUAGAAGCGUAGAACGUAUUUUCAUUAUUUUUCGCAAAUAAAACCUGAAUUUAUACGAAAAAUUGGGACAUCGAUUUUCUGUAAAUGAAUUCACGAAUCCUCAAAUAUUCAAUGUGGAUCGCAUUAUUUUAAGCCUUUAUCAUCGCUGAACGAAAAUUUACCAGGUUUCAUAUGAUCGCCACAUUUGUACCGUCGGUAAAAAUGAGCAGGAGGAAGAAAAAUACCUGUAUGUGUGCUAUUAAAUUUCGAACGUAUCGUCAUAAAGAAGAAAGAAAUCGAUGAAAAUUUAGUAGUUUUUUUUAUCUAAUGGAAUUUCAUCAAGAAUUUUACACGUCCAAGGUCAUUGACUUCUGUCAUUGCUGUUCGCAUUAUCGUUACCAAAAAAAAAAAAAAAAAACAACGAAAACCUGUCUUAUCCAAUUCGUAAGAGAAAACCUUCGGUUCGCUCAAAAGUUUUUGUGAAACUUUGACCCUUAAAAAUACUCGAUUUUUCAACGAUUUCGUUAGCACGCGCUUAUGCAUUUACAUAUACAUUUCCUCUGACGCGAGUUACGUUUUCUCGGAACCCUUUCGAGUUCCCGAUUACCUUGAUAAUCAAUAAACGAAGCAUAUGUACAAAAAAAUCAUAAUUUUUUAGUACGUAGUCCAAACACGAUUUUACUUUUCGUAUCUCGAAUUUCUUUUAUUUUCUAUCGUCAAGUAUUUAGGGUUAUUAUUGUUCUUCUAUUAUUAUAAUAAUAACUUUAGGAUUAAACAAUGGAAAAAAACGUGCCUCGACAAUUAUAAAACGUAAAAAGAGUUGGUACGCGUGAACGACAAACGACUCUAAUGUUCGCCACGCUGCUUAUUCAACAUCACAAAUAUAUUGUUCAUUUUGUUACGCGAGAACGAAUAAUAAAUACACUAUUUUUCGGUUCCGAAUAUUUCAUAA